AUGGCCGCGCUCGCUCGGGCGCGCAGGGCGGCAGCGCCCUCGCCCCGCGCCCUCCUCCCGCAAGGGCCGGGCGAUGCGCCCCGCGCCAGAACCACCGCCGCGGGGCACGGCGGCCUCCUCCGCUCCUUCAGCGACCUGUCUGCGGGUGACUCGGAGCUGGAGGCAGCUGGGAAGGCGCCGCCGCGUCGCUUCCUCAAGGCGGGCGGCGAGCACGGCCCGGGAGGCGGGUGGAAGCAGCCGCCGGGAAGCGCCGGGCCCCGCGCACAGGCCGCCCCGGGUGGCGCCUCCCACGCGCGCUCGAGCUCCGCGCUGAAGAAGGUGGCGCAGCUGGAAAGCAGGUUCAUGAGCCGGAAAAAGCAGCUGGACUCGCGAGACGGCGAGCGGCGCCAGAAGCCCUCAGAUGAGUCCGUGUCAUCCGCCUCCAGUCGCGAGCGCAGCGCAAGAGGCAACAAGUAUCGCAAGAAUUACACCCGUGAAAACGGCGCCCUGGCUGGGGCCCGGCCUAAGGGAGCUGAAAGCAGCCGCAACGGCCCCGGUGAUGCUGCAGUUAAACAGCAGCUUGGUCUGGAUGGGGAUGAAGAGGAAAUGAAAGAGCCCGUGAAGAGCCCUUGGCAGUUCUCCAGUAGAAAUCAGCAUUGGAGGGUGCCUGUAAGUGAUUCUGAACAGGUCGGAAAGACUGAGACUACAAUUUCAUCAGGAAUGCCUCCUGCAUCUCAGAAAAACAUUUCACUUUCAAAGACACCUAAAGCACCUUCCUUUCACAGCAGAGACUCAGAGAAAAGCCUUUCCCUUGGAGCUAAUUCACUAACACCUUCACCAACCAACAGAAACUUGUCAGUAUUAAAUAAUGAAAGAUCUCAAUCCCUGGCUCCUUCCAGGAAGGACAGUGUUGUAAGGAGUAUUCUGCCCAGAACAGGCGAUGKCAAGCAGAGCCACGUGUCACUCGGAAGCGAUGGAAGUGAAAUAAAGUCAUUAGACGAGUUAUUUUCAGAAGCAGCAGAGGCGGAAGAUUCAGCUAGUGGGAGCUCAAACGACUUCAGAGUGAAUAUACUGAGCCUUGAUGACUUGGCAUCGGAUGUCCCCCGUGAGACACCAGAGCUGAAGUGGGAAGGUGCAGGCUUUCAAAAUGUCCAAAAGUCAGACAGGGAUCCCCCAAAAGCUGUUUUCCAAGUGAAAAAUGACCAAACUUCCGUUAAAACAAGUUCAGUAGCUGGCAUAAAUGAUGCAUCGGAGGGGGAUAUUGAAAAAAUCAUGACUGAAACUGAAAUCUCCGAGCAUUUAAGUGAAGUUUCUGCAGCCUUUUCUAGACACAGACAAAACGAUGAUGACGGGACUGUUAAUUCCGAAUAUUCAGAAGAUUUUGAAAAGUCGCCGUCUGUAUCAGACAGUGAAUUUGUAUCAGAGCUCUCGGAGGAACACUCGCACAGCCGCACGUGUUCUGGAGAAGACCCCUCUUCAGCAUCGUCACCUUCACCUGCCAGAGAGAGGCGUGACCGGCCACCCAGAGUGACCRUCAAGGAAACUGCAGUUCAGACCCUUGAUUCUCCGUUUACCUACUACUGGCCAAAGACUAACAAUUCUGCAGUGCUCGGCCCAUCUCUAGGAAACAGCUACGUCGAUCCAGUACCUAUUGCCAGUCACGUCAUCAGCAUGGACACAGUAGAAGCCCUGACCGCGUAUAGUCCAUCAGUUCUUCUUUUAAAUGAUAUGUUAAAACAGCACUUGCUGCUGACUCAGCAGUUCGUCGAGAACGUCCACCAGCUUCACAGAUCCCUCGUGGCUUCYUUGGAGAGGGAGCAGUUCCACUAUCACAGCCUGCAAGAGGCUAAAGAGUACAUCAAGAAUCACAAAUCCCCGCCUCUAACCCUUGAGCGAGCACUCCAAGAGCUUGAGAAAGGGCAGGAGCAGAAACUGCUUUGACUCUUCCCUGGUGAAUGUAAACUAGAAUUUACAUUUACAAACCUCAAGGUGGAACAAGAAACCCUUUCGAACUGUACAGAUAAAAGCAUGUAAAAUAUGUACUGUAAGCAUUUGUACUAAUUGCUCUGUAUUUUUCUAUACAUAUUUUCUUACACGUGAAUUUUAACUGAGAGAGASUGCCAAGAGGCUUCAGGCAAAUUAAGUCAAUGUUCAGGAAUAAACACCAAGAAAACAUUUCCUUGAAGGAGCUGGGUAAGUCAUUCUGGUUUACAUGUUUUCAUUUUUACAAUGAUAAACUUGCACUAUGCUGCUGAAUGUGAUCACAGUAGAAGACUACUGUCCUAACUUUAGUGCCUCAUUUAAACACUGUUUAAAUGCAGUCUAGCUCUGUUCAACUACUACAAAACCCUACCUGAACACAAAAUGAAGGCAAAUUAACUAUGAGAGACUUGACAUCCAAAGUAUUGAAAUCUGUUUUCUCUGAAAGAGGAGCCACCCU